CGCAUGUCUGGGCAGCAUCGCUCGCAGCGUCACAGGUGUGGCGGGUGGCGCAACCCGCGCAGCGCUGACUCAGCACUUCGCGGUGCGCGGGAAUGCAGCCGACGUGGCGGCCAAGGAGCAGUCGCAGGAGACCGCCACCACCAUCCUGGGUAUGGUCCUGGGCAUGCUGCUCACCCGCCUCCUCGCAUCAUCACCCCCCACCUCCUCCUCUCCCUCCUCCUCCUCUUCCUCCCUCGACGACAUUGCUGCUGCCGCCACCACCUCCUCCACCUCCUCCUCCACCUCCUCCUCCCUCCGCUCCGCUGCCGCCGCCUGGCUGGUGUUCGCCGCCCUCACCGCCCUGCACGUGUGGGCCAACCUGCGGGCUCUGCGCUGCCUGGUGCUGCCGGGGCUCAACCAACCCAGGCUGGAGCUGCUGGUGGAAAGCUACCUGCGGGAGGAGGAGGAGGGGAGGCCAGUGCCGGGCCCCGCCGCCCUGGCAGCCCGGGAGGACCUCACCCCACCGCCCUUUCGGUGGCUGAGGGAGACGGCUGCAGCGCUGCUUGCAGGGGGCCGACCCUGCCACCACAACCACAACCAACACCACGUCUCCAUCCACUUCGGCACCCGCCGCCCCUCCUCCCUGUUGCAGCACCAGCAGCACCAGCACCAGCAGCAGCACCAGCAGCAGCAGCAGCGGGAGGGCGGGCAGCAGCAGCAGCGGGAGGGCCGGCAGCAGCCUCCCCCCUCAUGCACCAGAACAACAGCUUCCCCGCUGCAGCGCCUGCUGUCACGUCAGGGCCACCGGCGCUACCUGCUGCUGCUGCUGCUGCCUCAAGUACACCGCCACAGCAACCACCACAACCGCCACCACAAGAGUCGUUAUGAGCUGCAUGUUCUGCUGCACCGCUGUGCGAGCGGCGCCGAGCAGCUGAGGGCCUUCGUGCACGCAUCCUGCCUGGCACACUUCCUGCGUAUGCAGCAGCAGCAGCAGCAGCAGCAGCAGCAGCAAAACGCACAGCAUGGCGCAAAGCAUAGCGCACAGCAGCUAGGCGAUGGUAGGGAAGGGUUGGGAGCAGAAGGGCCAGCAACGCUGCUAGGGAAAGCAGGGAAGCAUGCAUCGAGGGCUGCUGAGCGAGCGGAAGAAGCAGAGCGCAAAGCAGAAGCAGCAGUAGUGGAGGAGGCGGAGGCAGCAGCGGAGGAAUGGAUGGUACGGAAGUACGAUAGGAUGGUUUCGGAGUGGGAGGCGGCAGGGUGGCAGCU